UUUUAGAUUGAAUUGAAAAAAGUUUCUCUAAACCAAAUUGAAAAAAAACUGUCAUUUAAACAUAUCGUAAAGCCACCAUACUCAGCUCAGCCAGUUCUUUAUCUAAAGCCAGUUGUUUUUGCCAUUCGGAAAACAAGGAAGAGGUGACAAUACUCUGUCAUUUUGUUUGGAAGGCAUAUCUGUGGUAGCUUCAAUCUUUUAGCGAAAGAGACAUCUCGAACGAGGAAGUUGAAAGUGGUCUACCGGAAUUUAGACGUUGCCUUAAGAGAAAAACGGAGGCAAUGUUGCCUCAGAAGCUAGCAGAGGAAGCAAUAGUUUCCAACUUUAGCGAGACAGAGCAUGAAGGGAAGGAGCAAGAGAAAGAGGAAGACCAUUCCAUGUUUAGCGUCAAGACCUUUCUCUGGCAUGGCGGCUCCGCCUGGGACGCCUGGUUCAGCUGCGCUUCCAAUCAAGUAGCGCAAGUGCUUUUAACACUGCCCUACUCUUUCUCUCAACUGGGUACGUUUUCAGGCGUCUUGCUUCAGAUAUUCUAUGGAUUGCUUGGGAGCUGGACGGCGUAUCUAAUUAGUGUACUCUACGUAGAGUACAGAAGCCGAAAGGAGAAAGAAAACGUCAGUUUCAAGAACCAUAUCAUACAGUGGUUUGAAGUGCUUGAUGGUCUUCUGGGUCCGUACUGGAAAGCAGUGGGGCUUGCUUUCAACUGCACUUACCUCCUCUUCGCAUCUGUCAUACAGCUUAUAGCUUGUGCAAGUAAUAUAUACUACAACAACGACAAUUUGGACAAACGGACAUGGACAUAUAUCUUUGGUGCUUGCUGUGCUACCACAGUGUUCAUACCUUCCUUUUACAACUACCGGAUUUGGUCUUUUCUAGGCCUUGGAAUGACCACUUAUACCGCCUGGUACUUGGCUAUAGCAUCUAUUAUUCACGGGCAGACAGAGAAUGUGCAACAUUCGGCUCCAACAAAGCUAGUGCUCUAUUUCACUGGAGCUACCAAUAUACUUUACACGUUCGGUGGUCAUGCUGUCACUGUGGAAAUUAUGCACGCCAUGUGGAAGCCUCAGAAGUUCAAGUACAUUUACCUAAUGGCCACACUCUACGUUUUCACUCUAACGAUUCCCUCGGCCGUUUGCGUUUAUUGGGCGUUUGGAGAUGAGCUCCUCAACCAUGCGAACGCCUUGGCUCUCCUCCCCAAAACCCGCUUCCGUGACGCCGCCGUUAUCUUGAUGCUCAUCCACCAGUUUAUAACAUUUGGGUUCGUAUGUACGCCGUUGUACUUUGUGUGGGAGAAGGUGAUAGGGAUGCAUGACACGAGGAGCAUAUGUUUGAGGGCACUAGCAAGGCUGCCGGUGGUGAUACCAAUAUGGUUUUUGGCAAUAAUCUUCCCGUUCUUUGGGCCUAUAAACUCCGCCGUUGGGGCUCUUUCGGUCAGCUUCACCGUCUAUAUUAUCCCGUCUUUAGCACAUAUGCUCACCUACAGAAAAGCCUCUGCCAGGCAGAAUGCUGCAGAGAAACCUCCAUUCUUUUUACCAAGCUGGACUGCUAUGUAUGUGUUCAAUUCGUUUAUUGUGGUGUGGGUUCUGGUGGUAGGGUUUGGGUUCGGUGGAUGGGCAAGCGUGACCAACUUUUUGAGGCAGGUUGACACAUUUGGGCUCUUUGCCAAGUGCUAUCAGUGCAAGUCUCCAGCACCGCCUGCACCGGCAGCCGCCAUGCAGCACUGAGCUAACUCAGAUCAAUUUGACCCACACACCCGCCAGCCUGUGCCGCAUGUGAUGGCUAGCUUCCACCACCUUCCAAAGCUGCCGCUGGUCAUAUGUUGUGCUUUGCUUCCUUCGGGCAACCAUCACCGGCUUGUGGUCUUCACGCUCCAACAAGUGGCCUCCGCCACGGCAGUAUUUUGUUCAUUGAUUUUUUUUUUUUUUGGCUUUCCCUAGUUUUCUUCGGGCCGUUAAAGUUAUCUCCACCAUAUGCUUCAUUUUGACCCUCAUUAGUGUCUUAUUUGCUGCAAUGAUUUACCUUUGCGUAUGCUACUUCAGUUAUUUCUUUGCUAGGCUACAGAUUGAGUUAUUGGACUUUUCGAGAUUUGUGGCCAUUCUUGCAUCUUGAAGAUGCACCAUUCGUUGUGCGCCUUACCAAAUCGCCUUAAUAGACAACCAUUUUUCUUGGUCUAUGUACCAAGAAUA